AUGACGCAGUUUUUCGAUAAAAAUCAAAAUGCGAUUGUUGGAAAAGUGAGACGGCUAAAAUACUCAGAAUUUUACGCUGAUUCCGAAUAUAUAGCAAUAACACAUCCUUCAGUAUCAACCGUUGAAACAUUACAUGUAGUCGACGAACUUGUGAAGAUAUUUUCGGAUGAUUAUCCGGAGAAAGAAAAACUGAAAAGUUUAAUUUCGACGAUCGCAUCAGCACGACUUUUAUUUGUAGAAUUACGGAACGUGAUUGAAAAAUAUAAAAAACUAGGUGGAAAUAUAGAUAAACAAACUAAUUUUCUGAGUCAAUUAAAAAACCUUAAAAAUUUAAUUAAAGAUAAUGCAAGAAAGUCCACACAAAAUGAUGAAGAAAUAAAUAAAGAAAUUGAAGAUCAAAUUCCAGAUGAAAAGAAUAAAAAUAAAAUUGGCGAUUUAAUUAUUCGAGGUGUUGAAAAGAAAAUACCAAAUUUUAUUUAUUUCGAUCAAACAGAUUUUAAUGAUAACAAGAAGAAAUCAGAAAUCAUCAAGAAAUUUUAUACUUAUUUUAUUAACUACGUAUCGUACAUUAGAGAAACAUUGGAAGAUAUGUUCAAUGAUAAUGCAUAUCGUUUGAAAUUAAAUAGCUUACAAUCAAAAUUAUUGAAAACGAAAUACGUUGAUAUUACAGAUUAUUUUUCAUUAAUAACAUCAAAAAUAAUAUCCGAUAAUCGAGGCUAUUCACAUGAGAUAUUAUUGGAAAAGCUAGCUGAAAAUGAAAUGGUUUACAAAAGUAUUGCAGAUAAUUCUAAUGUUUAUUACAAAAAUUUUAUUAAAAUAUUUCAAAAUUCAAAAAAAGUCGAUCAAAAAUGUAUUGAAUCAUUAACUAAGUUAAUAUUUAAAUUAAAUCAAGACAGUUUUAUAAAUUUAAAUAAAGAAGUAUUUCGACUCAAAUUAUCAAUUAAAUUAGUCUUCAAACCAAUUUAUGACAAAGGUAUUGAAUUAUAUGUAACUGAAUUUGAUUCUUUCAAACCAACUGCAUCGAAAAACCGCAAUGAAUUGAAAGAAAAAUUUGCUCGUUUAUUUACGGUCAUAUCAACAGAAACGGAAUACUCUCAUAUUCUAAGCUUAUUAAGAGAUUCAGUGAUCGAUGAAAAGAAUGCAAAUGGUACUUAUAAGGUAUUAAGUGAUAUCUAUGGUCAACGUAUUAAAAAUUUAAGUUUAAUUAAAACCGACGUGUCGGAUUCAGGUAAAUCGAUUAUCAAGAAACAAGUACAAAAUACAGAAAAAUCCGAUGGUAAAGGAUUUUCGGAUGAUAUUAUCAAUGUGAAAUAUUGUUUUAAUAAGUAUUUCUUUAAAUCUCUAAAAUAUGAAUAUUUAAAUGAUAUCAAUGGAUUUCCUAUAUUUUUUCAACUUUUAUUUUACGUUCAUACUUAUGAUCAUAAGUUAAUAUAUGAUAAUGAAGAUAAACAUGAAACCGAUAUACAGAACCUCAAAAUAAGUUUUUCAAGAGUUUAUAAUGAUGAUAAUAAUGCCCAAUUCAAGGACCUUGUGGAAAUUUUAAAAGUAAUGAUAAAUAUUGAAUCAUUCAACUUUCGUUUAAAUUGUAUCACAUCGAUUAUUUCAAAAUUAGACAAUAAGGAAGAGUUUAAAGUUACAACAGAAGUACUGAAAACAUUUCUUGCUGGCAAAAUUAAAGAAAGUGAAAUUUGUUUAAGAUUAGCUCAAUCGUUUAAUAUACAUCUAAUGACAGAUAUUGCUGAUGGAUUACUAAAAUUAUGUACUUGCAAUUCAAAUUUUAAAUCCGCUAAUGAGUACUCGAAAACUUUAAACCGAAAUUUUGAUAUUGAGAGUGAAUUAACUUCCAGUUUCAGUAUUCCAUAUUAUUUAUCAGCAAAAUUAGCUGAUGAUAAAAAAUACAAUAAUAAAAGUAGUAAUUAUAACGAGAAAAAUAAUCAAAUUGUAAUGUCUAUAUUAUUCAAAGUAUUUAAUUGUUCAUCUGACAGCGACAAAAAAAUGUUUUUGGAAAACAAAAAUGAAAUUAAUAAAGAAUUUGUUAAAUUAUUUGAAUCAGUUAAUCGAUUAAUCAAAUUCUAUGACAAUGACAAUGCCAUUAACAAAGAUCUUCGAAAUAAAUCUGUUAAAUAUAUUCUGAACGGUUUCAGUAGAAUACAUGAAGAAAGUCUAACACACAGAAAUGAAUCUGCAAGAAUAAUUAUUGAUAAUUUUAUUAAUUAUAAAUUAGAGCAUAUUACUUCAAUAGUUGCGUCUAAUUCUGAUGGUGAAAGUAAGCGUGAAAUGUUCGAUACAUUUGAUACUGUCAUGCAACGAAGAGCUAACGAUACUUUACAUGAAUGGACUAAAAAUACUAGUCAACUGGGUGAUAAAGUCUAUUUCUUAUAUUGUUAUCAUCAAUAUAAAGAAGAGAAAUUUGAUCAAUGGUAUAAAAAUUUAAAUAAAGAUUCAAGCUUUGACAAGAUUAAAAGUGAAAGACAAUCAGUUAAAGAUGAAUUUAAAUUAAACAGCGAUGCAUUUGAUUUAAUUAAGAUUAAAAAACUACAACAUAAUCAAGUUGGUGCAUUAGCGUUAAUUUAUCAUUAUCUUAAAAAUUCAUCAGAAAAUCAAGAGAAUUUAUUUAUUAAAAUUGGUACUGGUCAAGCUAAACGAGAUCAUGAAAAUUAUCAAAAAUAUUACCGAUAUUUUGGCUUUAAAUCGAUGUACUGUUCAUUGAAAAGUUCAACUAAAGAUUUUUGUGAUAAUGAUGUUAUUUAUUCAGAUUUAGAAACAUAUUUGCAUCUAUUAAGAAACGAAGGAUAUAAUACAUUAAUAAACGGAGUAUCAAUCCAUUUACCAGAUGUGAGUAAUGCUGUAUUAAUUAUGGAUGAAUUUGAUAGUUUAAUAUUGGAUUCCGAUGAAUUAUGUCAAUACAUUUAUUAUUUUCCUGUAAAUGUUCAAAAUCACAAUACACGUUUUGAUACAAAAGAAGAUAUGGAACAAUUAUUUGAGAAGAAAUUUAUUAAAAAGUGCAAGACAAAAUUUCCAGGUAUCUUUGAUAAAUGGUGGAACGAACAAAAGGAAAAAGAUGGAAAUGAAAAUAGAAAAACUUUCCAAAAUAGUUUAGGAAAAGAGAUUAAUUAUCCCAAGCCUUUUUUGAAUCGUUUAAAAAACGAAAAGGAAGCUAGUUUUGUCCAUUUCUAUUUGGAUGCUUUGACUUUUUACUCAAAAUUUAAACAAGUGUUUGGCUUCUCUGGAAGUAUAGCAGAAGAUAAUAUGCCUAAAUUUGAAAAAUUAUUUAGUGGUAAGUCAUCAGUUUUUUAUAAAAUUCCACCAUUCUUUGGAACAGACAAACUUACAGAAAACAGAACAUUGGGAAACAUCCCACAAGUGAUAAAAAAUCGCGACGACUUCUUGGAAGCAAUAGGAAAAGAAAUUAGACAAAGAUAUCAAGAACAACCAAUAUUAAUAUUUGCUGAUUCAUUUAAGAAGGAAAAUGAAGAGAAAUCUGAUUAUGAUUACAUACAUGCUAAACUAUUAGAAGCUAAAAACACAUUCUUAAAGGAUUGUACAAUGAUAUCGAUCAAAUCAGAAGAGGAUAUUAAUAAAAAUAUACACAAAAUUGGUAAAUUAGGUUCAAUUACAUUAGCAACCAGAAUAAUUGCACGUGGUGCUGAUAUUAAAGUGGAUAAAAAUGUGGAAAAAGGUUUACAUUUACUUUUCACAUAUUAUCCGGAAAAAGAAAAUAUUUAUAUACAAAUGCUUGGUCGAACUGCAAGACAAGAUGAAAAAGGUUCGUAUUCUGAAAUCGUACAAAAGGAGAAAAUUUUUGUUAAAGUUCAAGAAGUCACAGUUAAUUCAAAAAAUAAAAAAAUUCAUGAUGCUACCGAAUAUUUUUAUCGAAACUUUCCUUCAAGUUCAACGAACACAACUCUUGCACUCAAAUGGACUUUAUUUUCAGCCUUGAUGCAAACCUUAAGCAACAGCGAAAUUGAUAAAAUAAAUGAUCUAGAGAAAUUUAUUAAAGAGGAAUUUUUAUGA